UUUUUGUUGCCAUCUACACACACACGCGAACGCAUUCACUCUGAGGUUGAAGAAGAUACAGCCGAUACAGCUAUGGCGAAAUUGCCUCCCAAAGGCAUUCUCAAGUCUGAUGCUCUCAAGGAGUACAUCCACAAGACCAAUGCAUAUCCGAGGGAGCACGAACAGCUCAAGAAACUCAGAGAAGCCACGGUCGUCAAAUAUGGAAAUUUGUGCAGAAGCGAGAUGGAAGUGCCGGUGGACGAGGGUCAUUUCCUGUCGAUGCUUGUUAAGAUUAUGAACGCCAAAAACACGAUAGAGAUCGGCGUUUUCACCGGCUAUUCUUUGCUCGCAACCGCCCUCGCAUUACCCGAUGAUGGCCGCAUUACGGGAAUAGAUACCGAGAUCGAAGGUUACGAAAUGGGACUAGAAUUCAUAAGAAAUGCAGGAGUGGAUCACAAGAUCAACUUCAUUCACUCGCCCGCUCUCCCCAUCUUGGACCAAAUGUUGAACCAUGAGAAACGGGAGGAGUUCGACUUUGCGUUUGUGGACGCCGACAAGUCGAACUACCUGAACUACCACGAGAGGCUGAUGAAACUGGUGAAGGUCGGGGGAAUGAUUGCGUACGAUAACACGUUGUCGUUCGGGUUCGUGGCCGAGGACGAGGGCCAGGUGCCGGAGCACAUGAGGGAAUUUAGGAGGGACAUAAUGGAAUUCAACAAGGUUCUUGCCUCGGAUACUCGCGUCGAGGUCUCGCAGGUCUCCAUCGGCGAUGGUGUCACUCUCUGCAGACGGAUCGUUUGAUGAGUAAUAUCCUCGUUGAGUUCAGUUCAGUUCAGUAAUAAAAUUUCAAUGGCUUUCUUCUUCUUCUGUUCCGAGACAAUGGGAAGGGUUUUUAGUUGUGUUUUGAGGUUGUAAGAAAUAAAUAAAUGGAUUUGGUUUUUCCUUUUU